AUGUAUACCUACACAUUCAUCAGGAGUAGUAGUACGAGCCGUUAGCUUACCAAGUGAGAAUGACUAGAGCGAGUGAGACAGCAAGAGAGAGAAAGAGAGAGAGAGAGAGAGAGAGAAUAGCAAAAGGAAGUCUAAGAGAAUUUUGGGACAGAAAGCACAUGACCGCAAGAGCCGAAAACGCAUGCGGAAGAAAAAAUAAAGGAGACAUGUCAAAUUUAUUGGUAUACAAUGUACUGUUGUGCUUAACUAAAUGUUUAUUUGAUUCCAACAAAUUUUUCAAUUGUGCCCCACUUGAACUACUUGCUGGUGAUUUUCUACUUAACCUUUCAAGCAACAUCGGUUUCAGCGUGUUAUCACUUCCGCUUUUCUGUUGGAUAGAUACUAUACUACUUUCGUCCCACAAGAUAAGACAGAUGCAGUACGUCGUUAGCUCUGCUGAUAAUUAAUUUUAAUACUGUAUACAUCUGAAAUCAAUGUAAGAUGUCUGUCCCUUAGAUGUUAGACUAUUGUUAUGUCAAUAUCUAUUUGUGAUAGUUGAA